CUCCUUUUCUCCUUGUGAUAAUGUCAUCUGACCUGGAUAACAUAGGCCAUAGAACUUCAGCCAGUAAUCAGCCACAAAUUUUGUUUGUGGAUGUUGAGUACAAUUAUUUAGAUGUUAGCUGUGGUUUUUCCACAUACAUCAUAACAUUUGCGUGGCUAAAAAGCACAUAUUGGAGAUGUGACCCCAUGAGUGCUUUGCAAAGCAAGCAUGGCCCCAAUGUAGGUGAACGUGAUGGGGGAAGUGGUGGUCAGGAAACCACGUUGGCAAACAUGCAUCCGAUGAAAUGAGCGGUAGCUCACGAAAGCUUAUGCUCAAAUAAAUUAGUUAGUCUCUAAGGUGCCACAAGUCCUCCUUUUCUUUUUGAGGAAAGAGACAGUCACACAGGAGAGGCAGGAGACUAUCUUGGAAAGAAUUGAGCCCAUCCCUGUGUGGCUUGCAAGGUCCACAUGGACUCUUGUCAUUGAUCAGUUCUUAAAUGUUUAUAAAAACCUAAGGAAGUUCUUAAUUAAAAAAAAAUUAACCUGAAGUUAAGGUUAAAAGAAUCUAUUAUACAUGGAUUGUUUGUUACUUUAAAUAAGACUGCGGUCUGCAUAACAGCUGUAUAAUUUAAAAAGGUAAUUAAAGUCUUUAAGGUCAGUGAUGAAAUGAAACCAGGUGAUGGAGGGAUAAUGUUUUUCAAAUUUUGGUUGUUUUCAUGAUUCCCUUAUGAAAGGAGGGCAGAGUUAAGGUGGUUUGAGUUAACUCUGCAUUUGUGUACUUACAAGUAUCUUGGAUUUUUUUUUUUAAAGGGGGAACUUUAACUUGGAAUUUCCAGGCUCAUUAACGUGUUUAAGAAAAUUCGUAGUUCUUUUCAAGGGUUUGUUUUUUCAAGAAGUGAUUCUUUCAACUUUAAUUUCAGUUUGUUAUGGAAAAAUAGCUUCUAUUUUAAGUCAAACAUAAAUAUUAAGUCCUUUUGUAUCCUUGAAUUGUCCUGUCCAAUACUGUGCGAGCAAACAAAAGGUUCUUAAUUUGGUUUUGGUCAAGGGCUGUCUUUAGGGACAUCUGUAGAGAGAAGCUGGAUGUGAGUAGGUUUGGGAAAUCCAGACAGAGAUGCAGUUCUGUUUGUUAGGAGCCAGAACAAAGUGAGGCUGCUUUUGUAGGAUUUCAUUAUUGAUCCAUGUUCAUUAUGGCAUUUCUGGCCUGAUUCUCAAGGUUCUGACUGUGUUCUAAUGUAGUGAUGGCUGAGCGUUGGCUUUCCUCUGCAGACACAGAAUGGGAUAGUGUCUGUUGUGAUGAGAAGAAAUUUGCUUUCAAAACUGUAGUGUCAUUCAAAAAAAGGCAAUGAACUUACCUCUCAUCUAAAUUCGUUAACAAAAGUAAAAUAGUGGCAUGCGGCUGAAAGGAGCCAAACAUCUCUUUAGUUUGAGGAGUGGGGAGAUAGGAAACUUGUUAGCAAAAUGCCUCUGAUACUUUGGGCAUCACAAUACAUAUCAAAACCCUUGAUAAACACACUUGCAAAGAAAUUCUCUUCUAAAAAAGAUUUGGGAAAGGCUUUUGUGUUGCUAGACGUCAGAUGCUCUUCGCCCUUGGAAACAUAAUUCUCUGGAAUUUGGCAGUGGGUUGGGAAUUAACAGUAGUGCCAGUCAUGAGGGUGUGAGGACUUGCAUCUUUUAUGUGAUGUUUCAACAUAUGAGUCUUCCAGAGAAAGAGAAACUUCCUAAAAGUCUAAUAUACAAACCCCCACAAUCUUAUGUUUGCUAGUACUGACCUCUUGAGCAAAUAUGCUACUAAAACAUUGAAUUCCACUUCUCACUGCUUUGAUCUGAGAAGCUUUCAGGGAUUUUAAUCUGCAUCUCAAAACUGUAGGGAAUGGACUGCCUCACAAAGCAGCUUCAACCUUUUUUCUUAGGGUUCUGUAUCUUAUAUGAGAAGUUGAAGUGGUAUAUGGGAGACAAAUGUUGAACUUUCUAGAUGCUUGUUUUUAAUGGGGCUUUUGUGGUUCUUGAUAUUGUAGUUUUUGAAAGUUCCUGUUAUGUAAUGCAUUCAGCAUUCAUGCAUUCUGAGCCCCCGUGUUAGGUUGCAUUGUUCUGCUUGAGAGCCUGUUUGUGACUGCUGGUUUGCUGGGAUUAGCUUUUUUGUUAUCUCUUUAUAUUUGUCUAAAGGUAUAGUAAGAAGUAAAGUGAAUUGAGUAAAAGGACAAGGCCUGUGAAUUCAGAGAGAGAUACAGUAUGUAGAUACUCUGGUGGUGGAAGGCUUCUGACACUCGGGGCGCCAGGGGUCUCUGGGCUUCUGCCCCACAGGAGCACCGGGGCUCAAGGCUUUAGACCUGGGGGAGCACUGGGACUCAGGGCUUUAGCUACAGGGGGAGUGCUGGGGCUGAAACAGGCACUCCCCUUAUAGCUAAAGCCUCAGCACCCCAUGAGUAGCUGAAGCUGGGAGCGGAGCUGCAGGGCUGAAGCCCUGCGCCCCAGCACCCCACAUGAGGCUGAAACUGGGAGUGGAGCCACAGGGCUGAAGCCCUGAGCCCCCACCUGGAGCCCUGACCACCCCUCCACCCUGCGGCUGCAGUUCCAACCCCUGUGGCUCAAGCCCUGAGCCCCAGGGCUAGAGCCCCAAAGUAGUGCAGUAUUUGCUUUUUGUUUGGGUUUUUUUUUUUGUCUGCGCUGCUGCCUGAUUGAUUGACUUCCAGUUCCACAGGUUGUCCAGUUGACCAGCAAGUCCAUAACUCUGAUGCUCAUACCUUUGAGGGUCUACUGGAUAGCAGUAAAGAGGAAAAUUAUGGUUAAGUGAAAUUGUUUGAAAAUGUCAUUUAGGCAUUUGAAACUAAAGACUAAUAAAAUGUGCUACUUUUUCUGGUGGGAAAACCUUUACAUGAUUAUCUGACAAAUUCACAUAAGAUACUGGAAAUUAAAGCUGACUGCAAUUGAAGUGUGGUAUUUACUCAGAUUUCUAACAUGGUCUUGCUGGCUAGUGUAUUAAAAAAAAGGGGAGGGGGUUUGCUGUUAAUACAAAGGUCCCUACAAGCUAUAGGGAAACUGCAUUAAUAUUUUGCCAGCAAGAAUGGUCUAAAUAUGGUUCUUGACUGACAGUUUGAACUGUAGUCAUACCAGGCAUUAACAUUCAGUGGAAAACUAUUUUCAGCGUCAGUGAGAUGAUUUAUAAACAUCUCUGAACUAUGCUGCCUCUACACUGGAACAUGGUGGCAAAAGUGCUGUUUAACAAGCUGAUGCUGGUCCUGAGGUUGCAUCUACACAGGCAGUUUUGGGGGAAACCUCCUAUCACCAGUACAUCUCCAUUGGUUGUAACAGUGGUGGGAGUACUAAUGCAAAUUGUGGUAAAACUGUUGUAGGCUGAUCUACAUUAAUGCUCCCAGUCGUGGGAGGUUUCAUGAAAAUUGCCAUUGUGGAUAAGGCCUGGAAUGUUACCAAGAACACAACUGCAAUAUUACAGUGAUGGUCAGUGAACAGUGUUGUGAAUUAGUACUCAUCAAAACAUACACCUAGCUAACCAGCUCUGUAAGCCCUCCUGCAAAUAUUGUAAAGAUCAACACUCUUUAAAACUAAUGGAACUUAGGUAACUUACGUAAAUUAAGUUGUCAUGGGAUAAGAGGGAAGAUCCUUUCAUGGAUUGAGAACUGGUUAAAAGACUGGGAACAAAGGGUAGGAAUAAAUGGUAAAUUUUCAGAAUGGAGGAGAGGGGUAACUAGUGGUGUUCCCCAAGGGUCAGUCCUAGGACUAAUCCUAUUCAGCUUAUUCAUAAAUGAUCUGGAGAAAAAGGGGUAAACAGUGAGGUGGCAAAGUUUGUAGAUGAUACUAAACUGCUCAAGAUAAGACCAAAGCAGACUGAGAAGAACUUCAAAAAGAUCUCACAAAACUAAGUGAUUGGGCAACAAAAUGGCAAAUGAAAUUUAAUGUGGAUAAAUGUAAAGUAAUACACAUUAGAAAAAAUAACCCCAACUAUACAUACAAUAUGAUGGGGGCUAAUUUAGCUACAACCAAUCAGGAGAAAGAUCUUGGAGUCAUUGUUGAUAGUUCUCUGAAGACGUCCACGCAGUCUGCAGCGGCAGUCAAAAAGCAAAUGGGAUGUUAGGACUCAUUAAAAAAGGGAUAGAGAAUAAGAUGGAGAAUAUCUUAUUGCCCUUAUAUAAAUCCAUGGUACGCCUUUAUAUAAAUCCAUGGUACGCCCAUAUCUUGAAUACUGCAUACAGAUGUGGUCCCCUCAUCCCAAAAAAGAUAUACUGGCAUUAGAAAAGGUUCAGAAAAGGGAACUAAAAUGAUUAGGGGUUUGGAACAGGUCCCAUAUGAGGAGAGAUUAAAGAGGCUAGGACUUUUCAGCUUGGAAGAGAGAAGACUAAGGGGUAAUAUGAUAGAGAUCUAUAAAAUCAUGAGCGGUGUGGAGAAAGUGAAUAAGGAAAAGUUAUUUACUUGUUCCCAUAAUAUAAGGACUAGGGGCCACCAAAUGAAAUUAAUGGGUAGCAGGCUUAAAACAAAUAAAAAGAAGUUCUUCACUCAGCGCACAGUCAACCUGUGGAACUCCUUGCCUGAGGAGGUUGUGAAGGCUAGGACUAUAACAGGGUUUAAAAGAGUACUGGAUAAAUUUAUGGAGGCUAUGUCCAUUAAUGGCUAUUAGCCAGGAUGGGGAAGGAAUGGUGUCCCUAGCCUCUGUUUGUCAGAGGGUGGAGAUGGAUGGCAGGAGAGAGAUCACUAGAUCAUUACCUGUUAGGUUCACUCCCUCUGGGGCACUUGGCAUUGGCCACUGUCAGCAGACAGGUUACUGGGCUGGAUGGACCUUUGGCCUGACCCAGUAUUGCCGUUCUUAUGUAACAAACUGUGAUGUAUAUUUGCUUUUCAUCCAAAAACUGCUACUGUAUUUUGCGUAACUUAAAAAGGAGAGAAUGUUCUGUCAGGGCAGGCAGUCCUGUUAACGGUGCCCAGCCGUAAUCCUGAUCUGUAAAAACAAAGGUGUGAACAAGUUUCUGAAUCUUGUAAAUAUGCAAUCGCUAGCGGCAUUUCAGGGUUAUUAAAAGAGAUGGUGAUGAGGAGCUUUACAACACAUGCUAUUCAAAGGCUUAGAUGCUCCAUUGUAAAAACUCAAAUGCCUGAACAAAUAGCAGGCAGCGGGAUAAAGUAUGUGCUUGUGUCCACUCAGGUCCAGUGCUUUGAAAAGGCACCCAGAAUGUACAUUCAUUCAUGUCUAGGCUACGCUACAAAGUUAGGUCAACGUAAGCCACCUUGUGACAACCUAGUUGUGCGUGUGUCUACACUUAAAUUUGUCUCCUACCUGAGUAAGCAUGCUGUUACCGUAAUGCAGUAACACCAUCUCCCCGAGUGGCACUGGGCCGUGGUCAAUAUACUGAGGCCGACACAGUACAAGUGUAGAUACUGCAUUUCCUAUGUUAACCUUAACAGACUUCCUGCAGCUGUCUCCCAAUGCGCGAAACCAACCACUCUGGUCAAAAUUGUGAAUUUCACUGUCCAGGGGUCACAGAGACCAGAUGCCUCCCCCCCACACCAACCUGUUAAAGCACUGCAGAUUGUUGAAAUGAUUGUCCAGUUUGGCGAGCACACCUAGCAGCUCUCCAUUGUUGUGUGCAACUGCCCAGCUGACCAUGCGAGCUACACGCUCCAGGUCCAUUCUGGCUUGGAAUGGACAGAAGGUAUUGGAUUUCCUGGGCCUGUGGGGAAAAGAGGACCUCUACGAGCAGAUUGCAUGGGGCGUGCAGGAGAAGGGAUAUAUGAGAGCAGCGGCAAUGCUACCUGAAAGCAAAGGAACUGCAGCAGGCACAUCAGAAGGCCAGGGAGGCCAACAGUCGAUCCAGUCUGAGCUGCGGACUUGCUGCUUUUACAAAGCGCUGCAUGCCUACUUCGCAGAGACCCCGCCACCACCCUGCAUACCAUCCUGGAUAUCUCCGAGAAGCCCAAGUCACAGGCCCCUAGUUUGAACAGUGAGGAAGAGGAGGAGGAUGGGGGACAAGUGACUGAUGGGUUUGGCUGCACUGCAAGCCAGGACCUGUUUGAGACUCCACUGCGAUCCAGUCAGUCCUGGCAGUAGAUCAUGGACAAGCCCAGUGCAGGGGAAGGAACCUCAGCUGCUGCUGUGGUGGCCAUGAGAGAUUCCUCUUCCACACCUGCCAAAUGCUGAGCCAGACAAAGAGGAGAAAGAAGAGAACUCAGGAUGACAUGUUCAGCGUGAUCAUGUAAGAAGCCAGUGCUGCAUCAGACUGGGAGCAGAGGGCCUGGAGGGUGAAUACUGCAGACUGUAUGGAGAAGGACAGAGCAGACAGAAGAAAGGUGCAGAAAAAGGAGAGGGAGAUGCACCAGGACACAAUGGAGCAUCUCCAGCAGCGCACACAGAUGUUGCAGACUCUUGUGGACCUACAGGUUCAACAGUCACGGGCUCGCUUCCCUUUGCAGUCCAUGGAGAACUCAUUACAGCACUUCCCUAUGUCCCUCUCAACAUUCCAUGUGGCAUCAGGGGCCCACAUCCCUACUCUGACCACUCCAUGCCAGGGGACGUUAAAAACAGCUACACCUUCACAUGCACUGACCUGUGAAAGCCAUGGUUGCUGUAUGUGUAGCUAAAAUGGACAUGAAUGUUCCUUUCCCUUGUAAAGCUCUAUUCCAUAAAUUUAUUCAGUUUUUAAUGUUUUUGCUUUUAAAUUGCAGUUUUCUUUGCACUGGUUUUGUUACUCAGUUUUCUGUUGGGAAAAUUAAUUAACAUAUGCUGCAGAGUGGCUAGUGGUACUGAAAGUACCUGCUUGCUUGCUUGCUUGUUCAGUGUGACACAACUCAGGAUCAGUGACAAACACAGUGUAAUAAUCAUAAAUGCACAGCAAGCACCACAAAAUUAAUAGUUACUUUGACAGUGUUAUAUUCCUAGAUGUACGCUAAGCACCACAGAAUUCCUAAGAGGCCUCAAAACAGCAGGUCCAGGUAUAGCCCAGUACACCACAGUGCGUUACUGUGAUUCGCUGUUCAAUUGCUCUUCCAAAGCUUCACUAAGCUGUAGAGUUCCUUGUUGAGCUCAUCUGGUAGCCCUUGUGUCUCACUGUUCCAAGUCAGCAGACAGCCACUCUACCUCCACCCCAGUGGCAACUUUCCCCCUUCCCUUCACAGAUAUUAUGCAGGACAAGCAGGCAGCUGUAAUGGCUGGGAUAUUUUUUUCACUGAGAUUCAAUCUUGUGGCCAAACAGGAUCAGCAUCCCUUCAAUCUACCAAAAGUGCAUUCAACUGUCAUUCUGCACCUGCUGAGCUGAUAGCUGUUGAGGUGGCUGGUGUUUGACUUCAUGAGCUGGAGGCUGGAGCCCCCAGGAUCACUAGUGUAAUUUCAACAUUGCAAAUGGUAAUCAGCUGGUUGGGAAAGAGAGCACCUGCUUGUAGCUUUCUACAAAACUGCCUUCUUAAAGAUGCAAGCAUCAUGCACCUUCCCUGACCAGCCAGCGCUGAUGUGGAUGACUCAUCCCCGGUGAUCCAGCAAGGCUUGCAUAACCAUAGAAAAGUAGCCCUUUCUGCUGACAUGCUUGGUGGCAAGGUGAUCUGGUGCCAAAAUAGGGAUAUGCGUGCUGUCUCUUACUCCAUUGCCGUUUGAGAACCUCAUUGCUGUAGAUCCACUCACCGGGUCCUGCAUGUUGCUGAGAGUCAGUCCUGCAUAGCUGGAGACAGUUCAUGGCCUGCACACUUGUAGGACAAUGGCUCCCACCCUGGAUUUUCCAGCUCUAAAAUGACUUCCCACUGACUGGUAGCAAUCCAGCAUUGCAAAUUACCACAAGGCGAUUGCUACUCACUUCUCUGCUGUCAAUGCAGCUUUCACUCUGGUGUCCCUAUGCUGGAGGCCUGGGGCAAGCUCGGCACAUGGAUCUGGGAAUGCGACCUUGUGCAUCCAAAAGUUUUGCAGUCACUGUUCAUCAUCCUAAGCCUGCAUUAGGAUGCAAUCUCACCAGUCAGUGCUCGUUUCUCAGGCCCAGAAGCGGCACUCCACCAUUUGCAGCUGCUUCGUGAAUGCCACCAACGAUCUUGAAUUGGUUCUCGCUUGUCUCUCAGCAAUCUGCCCUCCUGCAAAUCAUCAUGUUCCCCAUGGCUCUUCUUGCAGCUAUGCCAAUACUGAAGGAUUGUGUGUCUUGUGCUUGCAACACUUAUGGCAGUGGUUAAGAGCUGUUCAGGCUCCAUGAUUAUGUCAUGGAAGGUGGACAGCGAGGAGGGCUGCAUGGGAUUUUUAAACAGGUGAAAAUUGCAGGCUAUAGAUGACAUGGAAUGGAAACAGUUGUAAUCUGGUAAAUUGACCUCUUGCACCCAGUCACCCUUGCAUGACUAGUUUCUGCCUCAUCAUGAAGUGCCAAAACUUACUAAAAGACAGUGUGCUGGAUGGUGGCGGGUUGCGUACUGGAAUACCUACCCAUGGUGCACUGUGCUGUGCAUCAACACAGCCACUCCUGGACUUGACUGGCAUAGAGUCUAUGGACCAGUGUCGUCAUACCCUGGAGCAACACAACUGGAACAUAGAGGCAGCUGUACAGGACCGGUUGAAUGAGCAAGAGGGCGUCCCAAGUGUCUUCAAUCCACCUCCAUCCCGGCCGUUGCAGGUCAAUACAGCCGACCACAGGAUCUACAGCUAUGUUGUUUCAAGGCCGCAACCAAGGGGCCUGUUGGGAUGGGGUUACUACUUGAUAAUGGUUCCAUUCCGAUUUACGUAUUACACGUUACUUGAUAUAUUUAGGUUUGCUGUGCGUUUUAUACGCCCUGACCCUCGCAGUAGGGUCACGGACCCAGUGGGUGACAUUGUUUCAUUUAUUCAUAUGUUUGAGGAAAAAUAUGGGAGGAUACACCCUGUCUUCUACCAGGGAACAUACAGCCAGGCGCUGAAUGACGCUAAGCGGGAGCUGCGCUUCCUGUUGGUUUAUCUUCACGGUGACGACCACCAAGAUUCAGACGAAUUCUGUCGCAACACACUGUGUGCACCGGAGGUGAUCACCCUCAUCAACACUAGGAUGCUUUUCUGGGCAUGCUCCACAAACAAACCAGAGGGAUACAGAGUGUCCCAGGCUCUGCGUGAGAACACAUACCCAUUCCUCGCCAUGAUUAUGUUGAAAGAUCGCAGAAUGACGGUGGUGGGGCGGCUAGAAGGCCUCAUCCAGCCUGAUGACCUCAUUAACCAGCUGACAUUCAUCAUGGAUGCCAACCAGACAUACUUGGUGUCUGAGCGCCUGGAAAGGGAGGAGAGAAACCAAACGCAGGUCCUGAGGCAGCAGCAGGAUGAGGCGUACCUGGCGUCCCUGCGGGCGGAUCAGGAAAAGGAACGCAAAAAAAAGGAGGAACGGGAGAGGAAGAAGAGAAGGGAGGAAGAGGUGCAGCAGCAGAAGCUAGCGGAGGAGAGACGGCGCCAGACUCUGCAGGAGGAGAAGGUGCGCAAAUCGGAAUGCCUUCCCCCAGAGCCGCAUCCCGAUGACCCGGAGAGCGUGAAGAUCAUUUUCAAGCUGCCCAAUGAUUCCAGAGUGGAGAGGCGAUUCCAUUUCACACAGUCGUUAACGGUGAUCCAUGACUUCCUAUUCUCCUUGAAGGAGAGCCCAGAGAAGUUCCAGAUUGAGGCCAACUUCCCUCGCCGUGUCCUGCCCUGCCUCCCUACAGAGGAGUGGCCCAACCCCCCCACGCUGCAGGAGGCUGGACUCAGCCACACAGAAGUUCUCUUUGUUCAGGACCUCACGGACGAUUGACACUUUUCCAAAACACGAUGGAAGGAGAAAUUCAGAUUAUUAUUAUAAUACAAUAUUUUUUUUAAAGACUGCUGCGUACAAAUGAGGGAUCAGAGACCACGUCACCUGCGCCAGCCACGCUGUGUGUCUGCGCUGGUGCGAGAAAGUGCGCGUGAUCCAUGGCUCACCUACUCCCACGCACAGUCAUCCCCUUACACCUGAUGGCAGAGAGGGAGGGGGGCCACCAUUGCCCUCCCCAGGGAAGGGCAGAAAUGGCAGCUCUUGGUAAAUAUUGCUUUUAUUGAAAAUACUAGAGCCCCAAGGCCUGCCGUCUUGUGAAGAUUUGAUACUUUGCUGCUCCUGAUGGCCAAAGGACACUGCACCUGUGCAAUGGGUUGGGGGCCUGCCUGUGUUGGGGAGAGGAGGGAUGGACAGAAUUUCUUCGGCUUCCCCCUGUGUAUAAAAACCUUCCUUUUACUAGUUCUCUUGCUUUGUAAUGACCAAAGGAGACUGGAGUUGACAAUGGUAUUAAUUUUUUGAUAAAGAGCUGGUUGACGUUCUUAACGCCAUGGGAUCUUGCCCAGGGUUCUUAGCCUGCAUAGUGUAAUAAACUCUGCCUCUAGCGUGCCUGUG